GUACGUUCAGAGUGUGACGUCAGAGACUUUGUAUGCACGCUAAACUGUGAAAUCUAGAAUUAUUUUCACUGAUAAUAGGAAUAUGCCCCAAAAAUAACUUUUUUCGACUUAACAAAAUGACUGAUUCGCCAGAGGCAGGACGCAAAUUGAGAGUGAAGGAGAGAAAGCAUUACACAGAUGUUGAUUUGGAUGACGAUGACAUUGAUGGAAAGAGAAGUUACACACUGGAUGAAAAACUCAAAUCAAACAAGUACAGCAAAAAAUAUGUCAAGGAGUUAAAGGGCGAGGAGUUUGGCCUCAAGUACAUCCAAGAACAUGGCCUGGAAUUUCCUCUUGUGUUCUAUGAGAAGACAGGACUUGGUCUCAGAGUUCCAAGUGAAAAUUUUAAAGUUUCUGAUGUCAAACAGUGUGUUGGGAGCAGACGAAUGUUGGAUGUUAUGGACGUCAACACUCAGAAAGGGAUGGAGAUGUCUAUGCGUGAGUGGGUCCAGUAUUACGAGAAUCCGGAGAGACAGAGACUACUCAAUGUCAUCAGUCUGGAGUUCAGUCACACCAAACUAGAGAACUAUGUGGAAUCACCCAGCUUUGUGAGACAGAUGGACUGGGUGGAUACAGUGUGGCCAAGACAUCUGAAGGAAUGUCAGACAGAGUCAACCAACAUCAUCGAAAAAAUGAAAUACCCCAAAGUGCAAAAGUACUGUUUGAUGAGUGUCCAGGGCUGUUACACUGAUUUCCACAUUGAUUUUGGUGGCACCUCAGUCUGGUACCACAUUCUGCACGGAGAGAAGGUCUUCUGGUUAAUACCCCCCACACAGAGAAAUGUAGAGAUCUACACCAACUGGGUCCUGUCGGGGAAACAAGGAGACAUUUUCUUAGCUGACCAUGUCGAAGGCUGUCAGAGAAUUGAGCUAAAACAGGGAUAUACUUUUAUUAUACCAUCAGGGUGGAUACAUGCAGUUUUUACCCCUAAAGACUCCCUGGUAUUUGGAGGAAAUUUUCUGCAUAGUUAUAAUAUAGAAAAUCAACUCCGAGUCUCAGAAGUAGAGGACAGAACUCGAGUGCCACAAAAGUUUCGCUACCCUUUCUAUACAGAGAUAGCAUGGUACGUAUUGGCAAGAUACGUAACCUGCAUCACUGGAAAACAGUGUCUGGAGAUGCCACCCGAGGACAAAGAAAACGAGGACAAAAGAGAGUUUUCUCCCUUCCUACAAGACGAAUGCUCACAGGACGGUGAUAACAGUGUUCAAAGCCAGCGGCCAGCUACCCCCAAGCUGUCUAAGAGUGUGACCAUCGAACUCACCCGAAUAGACCAGUCCUCCCCAAAACAUCGGUCAGUUAGUGAUGAGGAAAACGUCACCCCCCAGUGUGUGAGGUCUCCUCGAAAAUCCUCUUCGGACAGCUGUAGCUCAGCUGACACGGAAAUAUACGAUAAAUCCGAGGACUUUCUGGGAUCAUGUGCCAAUAGUGAGUUUCAGGAAAAACAAAUGGGAGCAAAACAAACUGUUCAAAAAGGGAAAAUCAAGACAAGUGAUUCGGGAUAUAAGAUGGUUCACAGUCCGUCACUGAGGCCCAGCAAGAGGGAAAAUAAAACUUAUUAUUUGACAAAGUGGGAAUUAAAUGGACUCUCGCAGUUAAUUCAGUGGAUAGAAGAGUUGCCUUCUGCCAAGAAAGGUUAUCCUAAGGAUGUGCUUGAUCCAGAGAUGUUGUUAAAUGAUGCAAAGCAAUUACUUGAAGAUCAUGCAGAUGAUGAUCAGAGUUUAGCAUGUAAUGGAGAACCUAUUCUAGUUUGGCCAGUCUCAAAAAAGCCCCCCAAACCAAAAGUCUAUAAAACCGGAACAGGGCAUAUGAAGGUAUUAAAGACACAGCAAUCCAAAGGAAGUUCUAGCACGUGCAUCAGGCGACGAAGGACGCGCUGUAAGAAGUGUGAACCAUGCACGAGAACAGACUGUGGAGAGUGUAACUUCUGUAAGGACAUGAAGAAAUACGGGGGCCCAGGACGGAUGAAGCAGUCAUGCAAGAGCAGGCAGUGUUUGGCACCUGUAAUCCCAAACGCUGCAGUCUGUAUGAUAUGUGGAAAAGAUGACCGAGUGAAAUCAGCAGAAAACCCUGAAGAGAUGGUUACCACUCUCAUGGAAUGCUGUAUUUGCUGGGAAAUCAACCAUCCAGAGUGCCUCCGCAAAAAGCUUGAAAAUUUAGAGAGCGAGGGUGUAAUUAAUGAGGAUUCCCCAAACAGCUGGGAAUGUCCAAAAUGUUGUCAAGAUGGCAAACAAGGUCUGCUCAAGGGAAGGUUUACACGGAUAAAAAGGGAGGAUAAUCUAUACAGUCCCAGGGCAGGGAGCCCAGCAUCUUCAUACGAUUCCACCGCAGAAGUCAAAUCCGAGUCAGAGGCAGAGGGCAAGAGGGUGGUCAUGAAACAGCAAAAAGAAUACACGCAUGUGGACACUGAGGAAGAUUCCUUGACAGAAACGGAGAUCAGUGAAGACGUCACGCUGGAUGUUUCUCCUCCUCCAAGUCAGUUGACAGAAGUUGUUCCCAACACAUCCCCUGUACCAACAGUGAAAAAGGAGAAGAAGUCCAUCUUACAACCGUCUCUGAAAACCAAAAUCUCACCCAAGUCACCCAAAAAGUUUGGCAUCAAGAGGAAACCAGGCAGACCAGCAGGCUCAAGUAAUCCACCAAAAAAGAGACCAUCAUGGGGCAGUUUGCCAGAGAAAAGUCCAAAAAAGAUUAAAGAGACAGUAAUAACCAGGUCAGGCCGUAAGGUCAAAAGGUCACCGACACUGUCUGACGAAAAUAUGGAGUCUGAGUUCCCAAAGAAAAGACCGAGACGUGAGGGCUUUGCAUCCAGACCAGAUGACCAAGCUGAAACGGAGGACAAAGUCAUGGAAAGUCAAGGUCUUCUGUCAUCCACGGAGUGUAAAAAUGAGGCCACAGAGUACAGCUUCUCUUCAGAAGAAGUGGAACCCUUUAAGUUUUUUCCAACAAAAUUAAAAAAGGUUAGUGGUGAUAAACAGAAAGUGGAAUCGAAAAGGGGACUGAAGCAAACACAAGGAAUAAAACGCAAGUACGGAUCAACGAAAAAAGUGAAGAAAGUGGAAAAUGUUCAUAAACAAAGUACUAAGGGUACUGAAAUGAAGAGUGGUGGUGCUAGUGAAAGUGUGCCAGGGAAAGUAACAGAGGUGGUGCAGAGGAAGUUUGUGGUUAGGCCCACAGCUCCACCACCUCCUCCAGAUUGUGUGGAACUUGAAAGCGGGGGCCACCACCCUCUGGAGAGAGUUCACUGGACCAAGAUUUUCUCAUUUUUGCCUUACCCAGACCUGGCCAGGUGUCUGUCUGUGAAUAAAGCGUUUUACAGGUGGGGAAUGAAUCACGAGCUGUGGCCAUGUAUUGACUUGAGCAAAAGGAGAAUAUGCCAGCCACAUUUGAUAGGUAUUGUGAAACGUCAACCAAAUGGGCUGAAAUUGAACAAUGUGGUAAUGACACAGCAGCAGUUAUCUUGGCUUCUGGCACGAAUCCCUCUGUUAAAGAAUCUGUCCAUGUCCUCUUGUUCAUGGGCAACGGUCAGUGCUCUCUGUUUUUCCUCAUGUCCGCUGUUGACAGCAUUGAAUUUGAACUGGAUGCUGGGACUGGACCAUGUUCAUUUCAAGGACCUCGUAACUCCACCCAGUGACCUACGACCUGGGAUGAAUGACGUUAGUCGACUUCAUUUGCUGACCAGUUUACACAUCGCUGGAACUGAAAUUGAGGACGAGUCACUGCAGCUUAUUCCGCAGUAUCUGACCAAACUGAAGGAACUUGACAUCAGUUAUUGUCCAAGAAUUACCAACGAAGGAAUCAGAAAGCUACUGGAGACCAAUAAUGCAGUGCUCACACAGUCUCUGCAAGUGAUAGACAUUUCUGGCUCUCGUGUGUUAACAAGUGUGGCACUGGACUAUCUGGUGAAGUGUAUCAAUCUGUCUGUCGUGAAAAUUCACAAGUGUUCAAAUAUUACUGCCAUGUCUGUGCAAAAAUUUCCCCGUAAGUCGGUCAGAUUUUUGAAGUAAGUUGUACAUGAUGUCAUUUUUUGGAGGGGUAAUACAUUGAGAUACCCAUUAAUAUUCAGUGAUCUCCAAAACUUUAAAACUUUACGAUUUCAGACUUUCAUUUUCAUUAAUAGAAUGACAGUUAUCAUUCUCUAAAUUGUCAAACGCACAUUAUUAUUUAGUGGAGCAUACACUGAAAGUAUCGCAAUCGAUUUGUGUUGAUGUUUACGUUAAAAUAGUCUACAUCUGAUGACAUUUUAGUUGAGUUAUGAAAUCAAAUGCCAUAACAUAACAAAUUAUCUUGUUUACACCUCAAAAGAAGAGCUUAUUUAGACAAAUUAGAGACUUAUUUGUUGCAUCAAAUAUAGAUCAUGCAAAAUUCAUUCUACAUUUCCAUGCCCACUCAUCAAAGAGUAUAUCCAAUAUAUGUUUAACAAAGUUUUCAUCUAUUACAUAAGCAUCUUGACCACUUUCUGCUUUGUGUACAAUAUUGGAUGACCAGAGAAAGAGAUCGAAAUACAUUAUGUUGAUUAUCAGAUGGAGAACAUCUUUAUAAUUUUUUUCAUGUAAAAAUUAUGUAAUGUUACUUAAUUUUUUCCCCCAUCUGAAAGGGAUUCAGUCAUAAAAAUGUGAUAAACUGCCGAAUCUUCGUGAUUUUUUCUUUAUUUACAGGUAAAAGCUAACCAGAGAGUAUACACGUUUAUUAUUUAUAUUCCUGAAUAGGUGUUCAUAUAGGACCAUUUUAUUGCUCUCUCUUUUUCAUUGUGUACAUUAAUUUUCAGGGUUUGUUAAGCCAGUUUCAUUGUGCUGAACCAUUGAUUUCUGUUAAACAAUAAAAUGAUAUUUGUUUAAUUGAUCACAGAUGAUCUUGUUUAUUUUCAUA